GGUAUCUUCAACCGCGAACGUAUCUUCGUUGCCAGCCCGGAGGCUGCAAGAGACCUUUUGACAACCAAUGCAUACCGGUUCAUCAAACCUCAGCUUCAGUGGACCUUGGCAAACAACAUUUCGGGAGAAGGUCUACUGAUCCAAGAAGGAAAGGUGCACAAGGAAGCUCGCAAGAGAUUCAAUCCUGCAUUCAGCCCUACCAUGAUGAAGACAUGGUUUCCUUCUCUGUGGAGAAGUACGGUCGAGGCACUUUAA